AUGUCUGCUUUGAAGCCAGGCAAGACAUCUGGUUCCUGUCAGCUGGAGGUGGGAGAAGUGGGCCACUUCCUCCUGGGCUCCCAGAGGGCGGGCCUGGGCCGGCCUGAGGGCUCCCCGGACGCAGUCUGCACAGGCCUCGUGCCACAGGAGACCAGGCAGAGCGCUGAACCUCAGUCUUCUCUUCUGUACAAUGGAAACAAUGCUGCUCUGAGCAGCAGUGUGUACAAGAGCGCCUCGCCCUAUGGCUCCCUCAACAACAUCGCCGAUGGCCUCAGCUCCCUCACCGAGCACUUCUCUGACCUGACCCUCACCUCUGAGACCCGCAAGCCCAGCAAGCGGCCCCCACCCAACUACCUGUGUCACCUGUGCUUCAACAAAGGACACUACAUCAAGGACUGCCCCCAGGCACGCCCCAAAGGCGAGGGUCUGACCCCGUACCAGGGCAAGAAGCGCUGUUUCGGCGAGUAUAAGUGCCCCAAGUGCAAGAGAAAAUGGAUGAGCGGGAACUCCUGGGCCAACAUGGGGCAGGAGUGCAUCAAGUGCCACAUCAACGUGUACCCGCACAAGCAGAGACCCCUGGAGAAGCCCGAUGGCCUGGACGUGUCCGACCAGAGCAAGGAGCACCCCCAGCACCUCUGUGAGAAGUGCAAGGUGCUGGGCUACUACUGCCGCCGAGUGCAAUGA